CAAACAAAUCGCUCCUCCCCGGCUUAAACCCUACUCCUCUGCUCUCCUCUCCUCUCCCGAUCGCCACACGGCGACGGCGAGCACCCGCGAUGGACGACGCGACGGAGCGGAGGGCCCGCCAGUCCGUCUCCCACACCGCGCGCCGCAAGGUCGUGGAGGAGCCGUUCGACCCCUCCCCUCGCCCCGCCGCGGCGGCGGCGCCUUCCUCCCACCUCGUUGGCUCCAUCGUCGAGAAGGGCUUCUCCGCCGCCGCGCCCUCCUCCGCUCCGAGUCCCACCGUCCUCCCAUUCCCCGUCGCUCGCCACCGCUCCCACGGCCCCCACUGGAACCCGCCGACGAGGGAUGCUUCCAUGGCUGAUGGGGAGGACGAUGAGGAAGCGAUGGAUGCGAAUGAGAUGGAUUACCAGCCGGUGGCCAUCGCAGCUGGCCCCGUGAAGAGGAAGGAGAAGAAGGGCAUGGACUUCAGCAGGUGGCGGGAGUUCAUAGCUGACGAUGCGCCCCCAAAACGAAGGCAAGCAAAGCAAUUGCAGCCGAAGAAACAUACUGUGCAGAAAAUUGACUCCGAGAUUGUGGCUUCAACGGUGGGUGGUGCCGCACGGGAGAAGGUCCCUGGGGGAACUGGCAUGCAGUUGGAAUUUGGAAAUGGUAAGGAAGAAUUGGGUGGAGAUGCUGUGAUGUCUGAUGUGGCGUCAAGGAAGGCGAUGAAACAGGUUGAUGCUAAAGAUGAUGUGAGAAAUGUGGGUAGGUCCAGGGAUGUGGAGUUGCGAGGAGAGGGUGUGGAAUUGGAUAGCCGGGAGCCAUCUCUUGCAGCAGAGAUUAAUGCAGAGAACAUGUCUAGGCUGGCAGGGAUGUCAGCUGGGGAGAUUGCAGAGGCACAAGCAGAGAUCCUGAAUAGGAUGAACCCAUCAUUGGUUGAGAUGCUGAAACGGCGAGGGAGGGAGAAGUCUGGGAGCAGGAACGAUGGGGCAAAGGCUAAGGGUGGGGAAAUCUCAGGCCCUGGGAAGAUCUCGAAGGCUAUGCCUGAAGAAUGGUUGUCAGCUGGUGAGCAUAGUGGACAUUCUUGGAAGGUGUGGAGUGAGAGAGUAGAGCGGAUCAGGUCGUGUAGGUUCACAUUGGAAGGAGAUAUUUUAGGGUUUCAAUCUUCUCAGGAGCAACUAGAUGGAAAGAAAUCGCAUGCGGAAAGCAUAGGUGAGCGUGAUUUUCUUCGAACAGAGGGAGAUCCUGCAGCUGUUGGGUACACAAUCAAUGAAGCAGUGACACUUACCAGGAGCAUGGUUCCUGGACAGCGCGUGCUUGCACUUCAGCUCCUUGCUACGAUCCUUAAUAGGGCCCUGCAGAACCUGCACAAGAUGGAUCGAAUUGAUAACAUUAAAGAAUCAAAUUGCAACAACAUGUUUAAUGACUGGCAAGCAGUUUGGGCUUAUGCCAUUGGCCCUGAACCUGAGUUGGUUCUCUCUCUAAGGAUGUCAUUGGAUGAUAACCAUGAUUCUGUAGUUUUGACUUGUGCUAAAGUUAUUAAUGUUAUGCUGAGCUAUGACCUGAAUGAGACAUAUUUCAACUUUUUGGAGAAAGUAGUAGAUCAAGGGAAUGAUAUCUGUACAGCUCCUGUUUUCCGUAGCAAACCUGACCAGAAUGGGGGUUUUCUUGAAGGAGGUUUUUGGAAAUACAACACAAAGCCAUCCAAUAUACUCCCACAUUAUGGUGAGAAUGAUGAGGAAGAAGGUGAUGAGAAACAUACCAUUCAAGAUGAUGUUAUCGUGUCAGGUCAAGAUGUUGCUGCUGGUCUUGUUAGGAUGGGAAUACUUCCACGUAUCUGCUUCCUUUUGGAGAUGGAUCCACAUCCAAUUCUAGAAGAUUAUCUCGUUUCAAUUCUUGUGGCAUUAGCGAGACACUCUCCACAAUCUGCUGAUGCUAUCUUGAAUUGUCCAAGGCUUGUUCAAAAUGUUGUUAAGUUGUUAAUCAAGCAAGGAUCAAUGGAAAUUUACUCCUCACAGAUUAAAGGAGUUAAUCUUUUGAAGGUUUUGUCCAAGUAUGACAGGCAGGUAUGCUUUAAUUUUGUGAACAAUGGAGCUUUUCAGCAGGCCAUGUGGCACUGGUAUGGAAAAGCCUAUACUCUCGAGGAUUGGAUAAGAUCCGGAAAGGAGCACUGCAGGCUUAGUUCAGCAAUGAUAGUUGAGCAGCUGCGGUUUUGGAGAACCUGUAUUUCUUAUGGGUUUUGCACAACACACUUCACUGAUUUCUUUCCUAUGUUAUGCCUGUGGCUUAGCCCUCCAUUCUUUCAGAAGCUAAGUGAAAGCAAUGUUCUAGCUGAGUUUAGUUCCAUUGCAACAGAGUGUUAUCUUGUAUUAGGAGCGCUUGCACAAAGGCUUCCACUUCUUCAUUCAGCUGAGCAGCUUGGCAAGCAAGAUAUGGGAGUUUCUGAUACCCAUGUUGAGACAUGGUCUUGGAGCCAUGCAGUUCCGAUGGUAGAUUUGGCUCUAUCUUGGCUACGCCUGAAUGAUCUUCCUUAUGUGUGUUCACUAAUCAGUGGGCAAAGUAAAAAUAUACUUGAGGGAAGUUACUUGGCUUUGGUUAUUUCUUCUGUGCUAGGCAUGCUUGAUUCAAUACUAGAAAGGAUAUCACCAGAAGGUACACCUGAUGAUAAAAGUCACAGCUUGCCUUGGAUACCUGACUUUGUACCCAAAAUUGGUCUGGGGGUUAUUACUAAUGGGUUUUUCAGCUUCUUGGAUAAUGAUGCUGUUGAACCUGAGAAGCAUAGAUCUUUCCGCGGUGCACCCUUGGUGCAUGGACUUUGUCAUAUGAGAUCCCUGGGUAAUGUUGACGCAUCAUUGUGUUCAGUUAGCUGCCUUCAAAGGUUAUUGCAGCUAUCUUGCUCUAUUGACAGAGUAAUCCAGAAAACCACAACAAAUUGUACAGAGCAUCUGAAAGAAUCAAAAACGGGCAUAGCUGGCAGGAUACUUGGACAAGGUAUUUGCAGUUUCUGGUGUAAUAACUUGUCGGGCAUGUUAACUUCAUUGUUGCCAACGAUUUCUUCAAAAUGGUCCAAAUUACAGAACGUAGAGAUGUUUGGUAGAGGAGGACCAGCACCUGGUGUUGGGUUUGGUUGGGGAGCAUGUUGUGGAGGGUUUUGGUCUUUGAAUUUCCUACUUGCACAAUUGGAUUCACAUUUUCUUCUAGGAUUGAUGAAAAUCUUGUCUGCUGGGCCAGAAGGCCUUGUUUCUGCCAAUAAAAGUGUGAACUUGGAUAAUGUGGCUGAUCCAGUUGCCAUCACUUCAGAGAGAAUCAGUUCUGUCCUUGGUUUGUCUCUGGUUGCUGGACCUGGGCAGAUCCCUUCACUAGAGAAAGCCUUUGAUAUCCUCUUCCACCCUUCAAUUCUGAAGUUCCUGAAAUCCUCAGUACACUCUAUUGACUCGCACAUGAAAUUAGCAAAAACUUUUGAUUGGGACAUAACUGAUGAUGAGUAUCUCCAUUUUAGCAGUGUACUGAAUACACAUUUCAGAUCCAGAUGGUUGGUCAUGAAGAAGAAUAAGCAUUCAGAUAAAUAUACAAGAAAUAACAGUGGGGCAAAUGGGCCAAAAAAACUAGAGACAUUGGAGACAAUUCAAGAAGAAACAGAGUUAGCAGAAGCUGUAAAUCCAUCUUGCAGUAUGUUAGCUGUAGAGUGGGCACAUCAGAGAUUGCCCCUUCCUGUACACUGGAUUCUAAGUCCCGUCUGUUGCAUUGAUGAUCCAAAAGGCAACCUAUCAACAUCUACCAGCUAUGCUGCCGAUGUAUCAAAAGCUGGUCUCAUCUUUCUUUUAGGUCUGGAAGCCAUUUCAGCUGCUCCAUGUCUUCAUGCUCCUUUGGUUUGGAAGAUGCAUGCGCUUUCUGCCUCUAUCCACAGUAGCAUGGAUUUGCUUCAAGAAGACAGAAGUAGGGAUAUUUUCCAUGCUUUGCAAGAAUUGUAUGGUCAGCAUCUGGAUAGAUUAUGCCAGAAAUAUGUCAGUGCUCACUCUGUUAAGAAGGAAGGAUCUGUAACCACUGUAGAAGAAGAAAAGGUGGUUACUACUGGAGUUCUCAGAUUCCAGGAGAAAAUUCAUGCAAGCUAUACUACUUUUGUUGAGAACCUUAUUGAGCAAUUUGCAGCUGUCUCAUAUGGAGACAUUCUUUUUGGCCGACAAGUAGCCAUUUAUUUGCAUCGGAGUGUUGAACCCACAAUUCGUCUUGCGGCCUGGAAUGCGCUGUCUAAUGCUUAUGUGCUUGAACUGUUACCUCCGCUAGACAAAUGUGUUGGUGAUAUCCAAGGGUACCUCGAGCCUCUUGAGGAUGAUGAAGGAAUUUUGGAGUCCUAUGCCAAAUCAUGGACUACUGGUGUCCUUGACAAGGCUUUCCAGCGGGAUGCUAUGUCUUUCACAGUAGCAAGGCAUCACCUUUCUGGCUUCGUUUUCCAGAGCAGCGGUUCUGACAAAGUGCGAAAUAAGCUGGUCAAAUCACUUAUCCGGUGCUAUGCCCAGAAGCGUCAUCAUGAGGAUAUGCUCACGAGUUUAGUUCUGGAAGGCGUUGCACAAAAUUCACAACGUAAUGAUGAAGUUAGCCGAAGAUUUGAAAUCUUGAAAGAUGCUUGCGAGAUGAAUUCUUCUCUUCUAGCUGAGGUUCAGAGACUGAAGACAUCGAUUGAUCGAUAAGUGGCCCCCAAGACGUUUCCCACAAUUCUAUGGGGCUGUGAGGCUUGAAUCUUGUCUUUCUUCUAUCCCUACUAAUUUUAUGGGGCUUUACUUACUCCCUGAAGGAAUUCAUAGGGAAAUAGGUUCUAUCAGGGCCAGAUUCUAUUGGAAAGGUGUGUGGUGGGGGGUGGGAGAAGGUAUUGUAUGGUGAGAUGGGAUAAGUUAACUUUCUCAAAAAACUUUGUAGGAUUAGGUUUCACAGAUAUACUAGGAAGAGGAAUAUCGCUAUUCUUUCAAAGUGGAUUUACCAGCUGGAAGGGGGUGUGGCAAUAGUUUGUGCAUAGAGUUGCUAUUAAGGAAAAAGUAUGUAGACAAAGGUGGUUUUUUUCAAUAUUCGAAAAAUGAGGGUUCACAGUUUUGGAAGAGCUUGUUAAGUAUUUGAAAAUGAUUCAAAUUGGGUUGUUCUUGGAAGAUUGGCAAUGGUAAACAUGUAUACUUUUGGCAUGAUACUUGGUUUGUCAAUUGUCCCCUGAAAAUGUAUUUUCAUCACCUAUACUCCAUCUGCAAUCAGCAGGAGUGCUUGGUUGCUGAGGUGGGGAGCAAUGGGAUAAGAUUAUCUCACUUUCAGGAGAGCCUUUGGUCAGCAUGAGUUGGCAGCAUGGCAAGAGCUGAAGUGUAUGGCUGAUUCCCUUUGUCUGAAUAAUGACCCUGAUACAAUUAUUUGGGAUCUUGAAAACAAAAAGCUUUAAUGUUAAGUCCAUGUAUAGAAUGCUUACCUUAGAGGGGUUAUUGAUAAUAGGAUGAAAUCUCUUUGGGCAGCUCCAACCCCCUCUUAAGAUUAAGCAUUUUUUGGCUGGUGUGUUGUAUAAAAUCCAGGCUGCAGCUAACUUGAGAGCCAAAAAAUGGGAGGGUUCUGAGUUCUGUAAACUUUGGCUGCUUAGAAACUACUCAGCACAUUCUUUUUCAUUGUCCUACUGCAAUGCUCACCUGGAGUUUUUGUAGAGAUGCUUUGGGUUGGCAGGUGGUCCCUUUCAACUUAGAAAGUUUGUUUUAUUUUGUGUUAGAUAAUAGAACUAACAAACAGUUGAGUUCAUUUCCUGAUUAUAGGUGCUGCCUGUUGGAGCUUGUGGCUAGUUAGUGGAAAUUGCUGGUAAAAGAUGGGAGACAAAACUGGAAGGUUUGAAGAUAGACCAUAUCAGUCUGCUUCGUCCCAGGGCUGGAGUGGGCUGAUGAAGUUGUUCCUUGGUGUGCUUAGGCUUUGUGAUUGCUUUUAGGGUUGUUAGGUAGUUAAGGGUCUCCUGUGUCUGUUGUGCUGUGGAUGGUCUCCUGUUCUUCAGACUGCUCGGAGUGUUUUUAGGUGAUUCUGAAGGUUGUUUUUCAGGCAACUUCUGGUGUCCUUGGUUAUGCGCUUGCAUGUAUCGCUGCUGGUUUGUUCCUAUUUCUACAGGUUUUUUACAAAUUAGCCCAGGAUAUUUCCUGAUAUUAUGGAAUAGUCCAUUUUG